AUGGCGCCAGUUGUCCACGGGCAGUUCAAAUCACAUGUCGUCGGGCGGCAGUACUACACAGGGCUGACAUCGGUCUGCGAAUGCAUCGAGCUGAGGCGCGAGCCCAGCAACACCCAUGACGCCAACGCUAUCGGCGUCUAUAAUAGCAGCUUUGAAAAGACCGGGCACCUGCCACGCUGGCUAGCAGAGAUCCUGGCACCAUGCAUCGACACUCUUGUUUGCACGGUGAAUGGCACAGUUGCAGGAGUCGGGAAUGCGUACACAACACCAGUCCAUUUAUCCAUUGUCGCCCCAGUGCGUAUGGCUGAGCAGCUCCGUGCCCACCUGGGCUCGUACUGGUACCUGUGGCAGAUGGAUGUUCGAUCUAGCACCGGUCGUCCUGACACUCCCCUCAGCAUGUCUCUGCACGAUGACGCAAUGCAAGCCAUUGCUGACCAGAUCAGCAGGUCCAGUGGCAAGGACAGGAUUCUUGUAAUCACUACUGCUCGAGGCAUCCAGAGCUGGGUCAACCUCAGCAAUAGCAGACCGGCAAUGCAGGCACUCGGGUGCUUGGUGUUCAAGCGCUCGCUAGCCGAUCCUGGUAAGGCAAGCAGCCAGAUCACCCUGGCCCAUUUUUCCGAUGCGGCUCUGGUUGUUACCAGGUCAGGUCCCGGGCUCUGGUCGAUGGUCGUGCUGGACCGGACAUCGAUCCGCGACGAGUGCGAGUCAGUUGAUCUGGCUGGGCUGUUCGAGAUGCUGGAUUUGGGGAUUAUCGUUUUCAUCUAG